GCGCGCGGACAUGGGCGAGACCAUGUCGAAGAGACUCAAGUUGCACCUCGGAGGGGAGGCGGAGAUGGAGGAGCGGGCGUUCCCCAACCCCUUCCCGGACUAUGAGGCCGCCCUCUCCGCCGCGGGGCUCGCCGCUGGAGCUGCGGAGGAAACAGGCCGUGCUUGCCCUCUCCCCACCACCGAGGACCCGGGCCUCCCUUUCCACCCCAACGGGAAGAUUGUUCCUAACUUCACAAAGCGUAUCCAGUCCAAAAUCAAAGAUCUUCUUCAGCAAAUGGAAGAAGGACUGAAGACAGCUGAUCCUCACGAUUGCUCUGCAUAUACUGGCUGGACAGGCAUAGCACUUUUGUACCUGCAGCUGUAUCGGGUCACUGGUGACCAGACCUACCUGCUCCGAUCCCUGGAUUACGUGAAGAGAACACUCCGAAAUCUGAGUGGUCGCAGAGUCACUUUCCUCUGCGGAGAUGCUGGGCCCCUUGCUGUGGGAGCUGUGAUAUAUCAUAAACUCAAAAGUGAAUGUGAGUCCCAGGAAUGCAUCACAAAACUUCUGCAGAUGCAUAGAACCAUUGUCUGUCAAGAAUCAGAGCUUCCUGAUGAGCUGCUGUAUGGGCGGGCAGGUUACCUGUAUGCCUUACUCUACGUGAACACAGAGAUUGGCCCCGGCACAGUUGGUGAGACAGCUAUUAAAGAGGUAGUCGCUGCUAUUAUUGAGUCAGGAAAGACUUUGUCAAGGGAAGAAAGGAAAACUGAGCGCUGCCCCCUGUUAUAUCAGUGGCACAGGAAGCAAUAUGUUGGAGCAGCCCACGGCAUGGCUGGAAUCUAUUACAUGUUAAUGCAACCAGAAGCAAAAGUGGACCAAGAAACCUUAACAGAAAUGGUGAAACCUAGUAUUGAUUAUGUGCGCCACAAAAAAUUCCGAUCUGGAAACUACCCAUCUUCAUUAAGCAAUGAAACAGACCGAUUGGUCCACUGGUGCCACGGUGCUCCAGGAGUCAUCCACAUGCUCUUACAGGCGUAUCAGGUGAGUGCUCCUAGCCACUGGAGCCCUUCUUCCAUUCUUAUAAAAGCAUUCAAGUGUCCCAUUUGUCUUAAGAAGAAUUGUUUUUCUUUUCAGUUUGCAGAGUGGUGUCUAGAUUAUGGAGCACAUGGGUGUCGCAUUCCUGACAGACCUUAUUCCCUCUUUGAAGGUAUGGCUGGUGCUGUUCACUUUCUCUCUGAUAUCUUGGUACCAGAGACGUCACGGUUUCCAGCAUUUGAACUUGGCUUUUUGCAGAAGGAUUAAAAAGGUGCAAAAAGACAACUUACAUACCCGUUGGACCAAAAGCCACCUGACUGAUUAGUGCCUGACACAGAACCUACUGUAAAUCCUAAUAAAGGAAGGGAAAAAAAGGGCAAAAACCUCCACAAGCCCCUUUUGUUGCAAAGACCCCCAAAUUAGAGCAUGAGUGAUAGAAACCACAUCAUCAGCAUUUUGUGACAGCGUUUCCCUUAAUGGUGAAGUAUGAAUUCCUCAUAUCUAGGCUCCCUGUAGUGUGCAUGUUUCUUGGUGCUUGUCUGUAGAUGUAAAUUGACUAAAUAGAAGAGCCACACUCGUCACAUGAACUCUUAGCUGAGCAUGUGUGAGUGUUUAAGGUGACAGCCACGCAUUUUUGUAUAUAGUAUCUAAAGUAGGGUGUCAUCUCUAUCAACAAAGAAACAGUUGUGUGAUGUCUCUUAUUAAACAUCAGCUAGCAAAUCUAGAUACCCUGUGAGAAUACUGCGUUAGCAUUUUCCGUGGGCAGUCUUCAGAAGAGCAUGAGUUAAAGAUAGUUUCCUGGACCAGAAGGAAAGUGGGCAAGUCAGCAUGCAUUGCAGAGCUUGGGAGGCCACAGUUGACACCGCUCCCCUCUUUGUGUCUUGUGGUCAGCACAGCUAGUGACUAAAUAUUAGCAGUUCUCAGACAUCCACCCAGAUACAUUGAAACAGGCUCCACCUGUUAGCAGUAUAGCUUAUUACUGUAUAAAACAGAGUAGAUACAAUGCCAGCCGGAUCCAUCCAUAUCCCUUCAAAAAUUUAUUUCACAUUUUGGUAAAGUCUGAAUUUAAAAAUAAUACAUUCCUUAUUUUUCAUACAAAUUGAGGUGAUAAAAUAAAUUCUAGGCUGAAUUUAUACACAUAAGGAACAAAAUAUUCUAACCAAGACAAUUAUUAACUAGGUGAUUUUUUAAAUUAUUUUUAAGGACAUUAAGCUGGAAUCACAUAUGGUUAGUAAUGCUGUCACAUAAUUUUCCGAGUUUGAUGGUUGUUCAUGAUACGAGUGGGCUAGGUUUCCUAAGCGUGUUUUGUUGUGGAGAUACUGUCAUAAGAGACAAAGCAGAAUGGUGUAAUCGUCUGGACCUCAGCACUUCCUUGGUGUUAGCCCUAGUUUUUACUCCUCUUAUAAAGCAGGAAGAAUGGAGGGCGUCUGAAAGAGAAGGCUUCUUCGUGCAUAGAUCAUUUUGAGUGUUGAACCUUGCUUGUGGGGUACCCUAAACAUCUGGCCUUCAGUUUCUAAGUGAUGCCUCAUAAGUCUCUUCAUUACAGGUACUCUUGAUUCUGAGUCAUGACUAUUCUCUUUCACCUUGGGUUGAUUACUUCUAUGUGUAUAAAUCCCCAAGAUUAUCCUUUAACUCACUUCCUGAGCCUGAUAGCGGGCUUCUCAGGGCUGUCCAACACCUCAUUACCUGAAGGCAGGGCAAACCAUCCCAAACAGGCUAAAGGGAAGCCAUUCUGCAGAACAUUCUGUAGACCUCAUGUGUUGUCUGGUCUCAUCUGAACCGUACAUUUUUCAUCCUCUUGCCCAUUUUAUCAAAAAUAACACACGGCAGAGCUAAUCUUUGAGAUCCUGAUUGUUAUUUCUUGAAGGCAGCUCCUGGGGCUGUGCAGGAAGCCCUUUUCUGACUCCAGGUGGCAGCUGGUAGGGCUCUGGCUUUGGCCAAGGGCCCUGGGCAGCAGUAGCAGUGGAGACUGCCCCCUUAUGUUCACUCAUACCUGUGUGACAAAUGCUCGUCUCUUUCUGACCAACAUGCUGAGGGACAAACAAAAUUCCCAUAGGAUGAAUGGGGAAGGUUUUGCUGACAGAUUUCCUUUCAGACUGGUGGAUUGCCACCUUCCUGCUCACCACUGUGUAUCAACAGACGUGCAUCUUAGCGGGUCUGCAUGGACUUCCUUCCUCAGACCCACUGCAUGAGCUGCUGUACUACAAAAUCUGCAGCCCCCAUCCCAUGAGGCAAAGGAGAAAUGGUGCGUGGGCCAGGAUUGAGGGGUCACGUAAGACCAUUUGAGAGUUAUAAAGGUUUGAAAUCAAAUUUAAGAACAUCUCACUUUUGUUUCCAGGCCUAUUUCAUGUCAACAACUGUAUUCUUCUAAAUGUGUUGAAAAUUUAAAAAUAAUGUACACACAGAAUACCAUUUUGAAAUCUGGAGGGAAAAAGUUAAUGUCCACAAAGUGUUUGGGGUUCUUUGGUUUUGUUAAUAAAAGACAGUUUUGUGGUGAUGA